GGAGUUCCUCGCCUACAAAAACAGUCUCCUCUCGGCCACCGUACUUAUCACAAUACAAUCCUACAAUUCAUGAUAGCUUGUGAUCUCUGUAAUCUGUUAUAUCUUUGCUCUACUUCAAGUGUUUGAAGAUGGAAGAUGAAUGGGAAGAAGAGGAGCAGCUUGUUGUGGUGGAACUCUCUGGAAUAAUCAACAAUGACUUUCUGUCCAAGUGUCAAAGCACUUGUAAGAUACUGGAUGUAGACAGUGAAAGGCCCAUGAUGCAAGUUGGACAGUAUGUAUUUGCAGGGGAAUAUGAAGACACUUUGGGAACUUGUGUACUUUUUGAAGAGGAACCAAAAAAAGGAAAAGCAACCAGCAGUCCUGGCCUCAAAUACAUGUGCAACACAGUGAAGAAGCUGCGGAUGCAGCGAAUCUUCCUCACUGAGAAAAAGGAGGGUAACGUGGUUACAGCAGAAGGUCAUGAUGACAAAACACAAGACUCAACCUGUUUGUCUAAUCAAGCUGAGGAAGACGACACACAUAACAAGAUAGAAGAAAGUCGGAACAACACAGAUUUGGAGGACUCUGCAAUGGGCUGAGAUGGACAUUUUAUAUUGUGCCUCCCUUAGAGAGGAUAAGGAAUCUGCUUCAGACGCACAUUUAAGGACUUGGUUUAUAUGUUUAUACACUUGUACAGCAAAACAGAAGUUGUUUUUCUUUUAAAUUGAAAAUCUGUUACAAAUUUUUGAGGAAAAUACUUUUAUGCCUCCUCUA